CGCGGCGGCUUUCAGGCGGCUUUCAGCGGCGGCUGCCCGCGCUAUGGAGGAGCAGAGGAGGAGGAGGAGGAGCAGCAGCGCUCACUUGGAUGGAGGAGGAGGAGGAAGGAGGCGAAGACGGGGGCCCGCCGGCAUCGCCACGGAGGGGUGUGGAGAAUUUUCUGUAUGCUGGGGUUCUGUAGCCAGCCCCCCAGCUUAGCCGGUCCGGCCGCCCCUGGUUGUUUUUCUCUGUUCCUUUGUGCAAUGUGUCGGCGGCUGCUUCUGUGAUGUACUCUCCAGAGUGCCAGGCGGAGGUGACUCCCUCGCACAAUGGCAGCCGUACCUUCAGCUACACCCUGGAGGACCACACCAAGCAAGCCUUCAGCAUCAUGAACGAGCUGCGCCUGAGCCAGCAGCUUUGCGACGUCACCUUGCGGGUCAAAUACAAAGACAUCCCCCCGGCCGACUUCCAGGCCCACAAGGUGGUGCUGGCCUCCUCCAGCCCCGUCUUCAAGGCCAUGUUCACUGUGGGCCUCCGGGAGCAGGGCAUGGAGAUCGUCCCCAUUGAGGGCAUCCACCCCAAAGUGAUGGAGCGUCUCGUUGAGUUUGCCUACACGGCCUCCAUUUCCGUGGGCGAGCAGUGUGUGCUGCAUGUCAUGAACGGGGCAGUCAUGUACCAGAUUGACAGCGUGGUCCAAGCCUGCUGUGACUUCCUGGUGCAGCAGCUGGACCCCAGCAACGCCAUUGGCAUUGCCAACUUUGCCGAGCAGAUCAGCUGCACCGAGCUACACCAGCGGGCACGAGAGUACAUCUACAUGCAUUUUGGGGAGGUGUCUAAGCAGGAAGAGUUCUUCAACCUCUCGCAUUGCCAGCUGGUGACGCUGAUCAGCCGGGACGAGCUGAACGUCCGCUGCGAGUCGGAGGUCUUCCACGCCUGCAUCAACUGGGUGAAGUACGAUUGUGAGAACCGGCGGCUCUACGUCCAGGCCCUGCUGAAGGCCGUGCGCUGCCAUUCGCUCACCCCGCAUUUCCUCCAGAUGCAGCUGCAGAAGUGCGAAAUCCUCCAGUCGGACUCCCGCUGCAAGGACUACCUGGCCAAGAUCUUCCAGGACCUCACCCUGCACAAGCCCACCAAGGAUGCGGCCUGCCGCGUGCCCAAAGUGGGGCAGCUGAUCUACACGGCGGGCGGCUACUUCCGCCAUUCCCUCAGCUAUCUGGAGGCCUACAACCCUUGCGACGGCUCCUGGAUCCGGCUGGCUGACUUGCAGGUGCCCCGCAGCGGCCUGGCUGGCUGUGUGGUGAGCGGGCUUUUCUAUGCCGUGGGUGGGAGGAACAACUCCCCCGACGGCAACAUGGACUCUGACGCCAUUGACUGCUAUAACCCCAUGACCAAUCGGUGGUCUCCCUGCACUCCGAUGAGUGUUCCCCGUAACCGGAUUGGUGUGGGGGUGAUCGACGGCAUGAUCUACGCUGUGGGUGGCUCUUUUGGGAGCAAUCAUCAUAACAGCGUGGAGAGGUACGAGCCCGAGCGUGACGAAUGGCAGCUCGUGGCACCCAUGCUCACCCGGCGGAUAGGCGUCGGGGUUGCGGUGCUCAACCGGCUCUUGUACGCGGUGGGUGGCUACGAUGGCACCUGCCGCCACAGCUCGGUGGAGUGCUACUACCCCGAGCGGAAUGAAUGGGAGAUGAUUGCCCCGAUGAAAACGAUCCGGAGUGGAGCAGGGGUUUGUGCCCUGAAUAACUGCGUCUAUGCCAUGGGGGGCUACGAUGGCACCAACCAACUUAACAGCGUGGAGCGCUAUGACGUGGAGGCGGGCACCUGGUCUUUCGUUGCGCCCAUGAAGCACCGGCGGAGCGCCCUUGGGGUCACUGCCCACCAGGGCAAGAUCUACGUGCUGGGCGGCUACGAUGGCGACACCUUCCUGGACAGCGUGGAAUGCUAUGACCCCACCACCGAUACUUGGACAGAAGUGACCCAUAUGACAUCUGGUCGUAGUGGAGUGGGCGUGGCCAUCACCAUGGAGCCCUGCUGCAAACAGACCGACAAGCAGAAGUGCCACUGUUAAGGAGGGGGCAGCAAGGCAGGGCUGAGUGACCCUUGAGCUGGAGGAAGGAAAACCCGUUGGAGAGGGGCUAGCAUUAAGACACGCCUGCUGCCAAGCCCCAUCCUCCCAGAAUUGAGGGGAAAUGCCAAGGGUGGGUAGGACUUCGAAACCCAAUUUGCCCUCCCUAGGAGGGAACGAUGGCGGUGGAGAACUACUCGAGUGGUUGUUGCCCUGUCCACGCCUGGGCUUGGGUCAACCAAGAAGGACCCUGUCUGCAGAAACCGCAGAAGAAGAUUUCAUGCUCGCUGCACACUUCUUCUCGAAGGGUUCCGCAGGAAACAGUCUAAUUAUGGAACCUCCCAAGCAUGGACGGGAGGAAGUAUUUUGUACAUAGACUAUUCCUGGUCCUUCGAAAUGGGUUUUGUACAGAGAUCUUGACAAAUUCAAGUUGGAAUGAUCUUCUCCCUGUUUCCACUGGCACCUUCUUGGAAACUUGUCAAGGUGUAAAUGGAGAAAGCAGGGUUGGGGGGAAAUUGGCCCUGGGGCUGCUCUUCUGCCACUGAUGAGCUGCAGGUAAGUGAACAUAAACCAGCCCAAAUGGAAGAGCUCAGGUGGGCUCUGGCCUCAGCUGCUUUUAUAUUACCCAUGGGAAAGUGCUCACCGGGGCUCCUACCUGCGUCGAGUGGUUUUCUCUCUCUUCGCCAUCAGUGGUGCAGGUCUCCCAGGAGGCAAUGCUGGUGUGUCAACAACUGUUUUUUGAAUUUCACUUCCCAUGUGAAUAAAACACCUUUUGUGAUUAGUA